CCUGCUGAUCCCGGUGAAAACUUGCUUGCGUCUGACCAAAGAUAAUAACACUCAACCAGUCGCUUAGUUGUGCGUCCAGAUCAUGUUGCACCAGGCCAGAGUCUCUCGAUUGGCUCUCCAACUCCCAGAGCAACGAACACCAUCGCCGCCGCCACCGCCAUGACAGAUAUGAACGAGAAGACCGUCAAGGUGCUUUGCCUGCACAACCUCGGAAGCAACUCGAAGAAGAUGCGUCGAUCUAUGCAGCCGUACAUCGGAGCGCUCGAGCACAGGCGUGGCCAUAUGCGCUUUGAGUGGUUCUUCCCCGAUGCACCCUAUAUGCUGCCUGGCUCGCACAACGGCGGUCUGGGCGCCGCGGCCAGUUCGGCAAAGGAUGAUCCUUCUGUUUCCCCGGCCUCUAUGCAUAUGGACCCGAUCAAUGUCGCUCUCACUCUCGUCUCGCUCCGCCGAGCUCUCGAUGCAGAGGCAUUCAACGAGGUGGAGAGGCCGACGAAGCUGGCUCGAAAGACGAAGAAACAGAGCGACGAGGCCCUUGUCCCUUUGCAGGACAGGAUUGGCCACGACGAAGAGGCGAUUCGACGCGCAGAGUCAAUUCUCGAUAGUGAGGCUCCCGACGAACACCAGGCACGCUGGUGGCAGAUACCAUCCGACGCAAAGGCCUUUCCUGGACCAUGGAUCGGAAACGAACACAGCAUAGCUUGCUUGGGUGCCUACAUCGACCAGCACGGGCCCUUCGACGGGGUCAUUGGCCACAGUGGAGGGUCCCUUUUGGCGCACUACUGCCAUGGUCUUCUCGCAGGGACACUGGAUCCGAAGCAGGAACGCCUCUUCGACGUGAAGCGCAAAGAAGCUCGGAGGCCGUUUCGCUUCUCGCUUACAUUUGCGCCGUAUUACCCGUCCAAUGCUAUGCAUGCCGGCUACCUCGCCAUGUCGGCCCAGUCUAGGCUUAGGCCCUUGAUUCUCAGCGGAAAACGAGACGAGAUUACACCUCCCCGUGAGUUGCACCAGUUCGGAUCCCUACAUGUCGCUGACCCACGAAGCAAAGUCGUCUGUCAAGCCUUUGCUUCGCUCGUCGAUGCACAGGCAGUAUGGACCCACGAAGGAGGCCAUUCGAUUCCCAGGGAUCGUGAACUUGUUGAGCGUAUCGCAGAUUGGCUCGAGCGCCAGGCCAUCGAGGCGCCAGAGGUGCCGAGUAGAAGGUCACAGCAGGUCGUUGCGCACCUGUAGCUUGACUCGCCGAGCUUCCAUGUCCGGCCACGACCAUUCCCAUCUUUGCUUGCUGCAAUUUUCUAUUUCCUCUCAUUGAACGCCAAGCGUGCGACUCUCCUACAAGACCUAGACCGCUGCAGUCGACACUUGUUGACCAAUCU